UGAUAUUGCUACGAGAAUUUUAAAGAAGGGGAUGAACUAGAUUUAUAUUUAGGCGGAGCUUUCAAUUUGGCACCUCCCUCGUUUACAUCGACACCCGCAUCAAAAGUCACUCCAUUCCCAUCAGAACACAAAACACAGCAUUUCCCUUAGCGUAGGAAAUGGAAGUCACACUUUCAGCCUGCAAGUCCGUUAGCUCGCCUUCUGUUCCCGUCGCAGGUUUGUUUGCGGGGAAUGGAGGAAUUAAGAGCUCGCAAUGCAGUUUCUUAGCGGGAGCGAGCAAAGUGAGGUUUCCUAGGCAAGUAGGUCAAGUUAGCCACCUUCGCAAACAGCGCCAAACGCGUCACUGCGGUGCUCUCCACGCGACUUGCAGCGGUGACAAGAUCCUGAUCGCGAACAGAGGCGAGAUUGCCGUCCGCGUUAUUCGAACCGCUCAUGAAUUGGGGAUUCCUUGUGUGGCUGUGUACUCCACCAUCGACAAGGACGCGCUUCAUGUCAAAUUGGCUGAUGAAGCCGUUUGCAUCGGGGAAGCGCCGAGUAGCCAGUCCUACUUGCUGAUCCCGAAUGUUCUGUCAGCUGCUAUUAGCCGCAGAUGCACCAUGUUGCAUCCUGGCUAUGGUUUUCUUGCGGAGAAUGCAGUGUUUGUUGAAAUGUGCAGAGAACAUGGAAUCAACUUUAUUGGGCCUAACCCUGACAGUAUUCGGGUUAUGGGUGACAAAGCAACUGCCAGAGAGACAAUGAAGAAAGCAGGUGUUCCCACCGUUCCGGGAAGUGAUGGCCUUUUACAGAGCACAGAAGAAGCUAUCAGACUGGCAAAUGAGAUUGGUUUCCCUGUGAUGAUCAAGGCAACAGCUGGUGGUGGAGGACGUGGCAUGCGUCUUGCUAAAGAACCUGCUGAGUUUGUGAAGUUUUUACAGCAAGCUAAGAGUGAGGCAGCUGCUGCAUUUGGCAAUGAUGGGGUUUAUUUGGAGAAGUACAUUCAAAACCCAAGGCACAUUGAGUUCCAGGUUCUUGCAGAUAAAUAUGGUAAUGUUGUUCACUUUGGAGAACGUGAUUGCAGCAUUCAGAGGCGCAACCAGAAACUGCUUGAAGAAGCACCAUCUCCUGCCCUGACCCCUGAGUUGCGAAAGGCAAUGGGAGAUGCAGCAGUUGCAGCUGCUGCAUCUAUUGGUUACAUAGGUGUUGGAACGGUUGAGUUCCUUUUGGAUGAAAGAGGUUCCUUUUACUUUAUGGAGAUGAACACUCGUAUCCAGGUUGAGCAUCCGGUGACAGAAAUGAUUUCCUCAACGGAUUUGAUAGAAGAGCAAAUUCGUGUAGCUAUGGGAGAAAAACUUCGAUACAAACAGGAGGAUAUUGUCCUCAGAGGACAUUCUAUUGAAUGCCGUAUCAAUGCAGAAGAUGCUUUUAAGGGAUUUAGACCAGGGCCAGGUAGAAUUACUGCAUACUUGCCAUCCGGAGGUCCAUUUGUUAGAAUGGAUAGCCAUGUUUAUCCUGAUUAUGUGGUUCCUCCAAGCUAUGAUUCCCUUCUUGGAAAGCUGAUUGUAUGGGCUCCAACUAGAGAAAAAGCAAUUGAACGCAUGAAAAGGGCACUUGAUGAUACUAUUAUCACAGGAGUUCCUACUACAAUUGAUUAUCAUAAACUUAUCCUUGACAUAGAGGAUUUCAGAAAUGGCAAGGUUGAUACUGCUUUUAUUCCAAAACACGAGGAAGAGUUGGCAAUGCCACCGCAGAAGAUGGUACUCGCUAACAGGGUGAAUGAACUAGCUGGUUCAACUGCCUGAUGAAUAUGAUUGUGUGAUGCCAGAAUUGCUUUGUUGUAAUCACCGUGUCGUUAGUGCCUUGAAGUCAAUGUUUUAUUGAAAUUUUGAUAAUUAGUCUCGUACAUUCCUAUUUCUUCACAUAAUUAUAUUGUAAUAUCAAUUAAUUUCAUCCCAAAUAUUAGUGCAAGGAAUAAGGAAUAACUCCUUGCAUUUUUCUUCCAAAGUUAGUUGUCUAAACGGUUUAGAGGAUCUUUGUCCCAAGGCUUGUUUGUAAUUCUUGUAUUAAGAGCUCGUUGCUAGAUACACUAAUAAAAACUUAACCUUAUCCUAACAGCCUAGGUUUAUUAUUA